AUGCUUAAAUCUUCUAAUUACACUGAGGAGCAGUUGCAAAGAGCUGUUGACGCGUACAAAAGCAAUUCAAAAUUAAAAAUCACAUCUCUGUCGCGAGAAUUCAAAGUCCCAUAUGCCACCUUGUAUGGGAGGAUCAACGGGAAGAAAUCAAGGACUAUGAGGGUUCCACUGAAUAGAGCAUUGAAUGACAGCCAGGAGGAGGCAAUUAAGAUAUGGAUUCAUCAGUUGGAUAUUAAUUUUUGCCCGCCCACCAUCGAGCAUAUCGAAGCCGCCGCGAACCGCAUGUUGAGACAGCAUCAUACAGAUCCAGAGACCGCACCUCCCACAGUAAGCAAGAUGUGGGCAUAUCAAUUCAUCAAACGCCUGCCAGAUUAUGAAUGGGUCAAGCAAAAGCUCAUGAAUUCAAAAUGGGUGUCUUGCGAGGAUAUAAGCUUCAUUAUCAACUGGUUUGAUUGA